AGUUUUUUUUUGGGGGGGGGGUGUUUAUUGGUAUCGUAUUUUGCCUGGUAUUAACUUUCUAUUCUGUAAUUAGUGAUUUGAGAGAUUGAGAAAAUGAUCUGCUUGUUUGCCAAGUGGUGUUUUUGUUUAAUCGUUGAAUUAUCACCGCACUUACUAGAAGUACCCCAAUUAAUAGUUUUAAAUAAUAUUUACAAAUUAGUUUAGGUUUGCUUUUCAAUGUAGUUAGCACUUCAAAUGCUUAUUUUUCCAUAAUUUUUUGCAUAUUGUAAUAACUUGAUUUAUUCGGGAUCCUUAUUUUAAGGAUGUUCAUCAUGAAGAGAUUAAGUGAUUUUCUGUGAAGAAUUUGAAAUGGCAACUGGGAGUAAUAAUGCUCAUAUACUAAGUAAUUGCGAUCCAGCCUCAUGGUCUGAAGUCGACCAGUUACUUUUAGACCAAAUGACAGAACAGUCACGGGAUACUUCCUGCUUGAAUGCUGCAGAGUGGCCACUGCGGCGUUAUGGCCGAUUUAUGCCUGGAGCUUUGGGCACUGCUUCAGGAUCUUGGAAGGUUUUGGAGUCAAACGAAGAAUCUGGCUUUCUUGUUCUCAGUAUAGUUGUUUCAGGCCAUUUCUUCAUUUCCAGAGGAAAAGAAGUACUGGAAGGAUUUUCAUUAAUUGGUGCUUCUCAGUGGUUAAAGGUAGUACGAAAAGCAGAUUGCAUGUUAGUUGGUUCAAAAUUAAAGUGCGUGCUGAUACCAGAUAAUCAACUUCCUCUUGCAUAUCAAAAAUCCACAUGGAGUGCUGAAGAUUUAAGCAGCUUUAUUCACUUGUGCCUGUUGGAUCAACACUUCCCAGCAUUUGUGGAGGAAGUAGAGAAACAGCUAAAAAAAUUUAUAGAUGGCUAGAAAGCAAAAUAUUUAAAAUAAUUUUUAAAAAUCAACCAUAAAUUUACUGACAGUUUCUAUUUCUUAUCUCUUUAAUUUGCCUUAAGAUUUGAAUAUGUGUUUAUCCUAUCCCUUAUAAGACAAAAAACGGUAUUAUGCUGUUUUCAGUUGUAACGUACAUUAGUGUCUAAGCUGCACCUAAUUAUUUUAUAUACAAAUUAAUAUAUUACAUUAAUAAUAAAUAUUAUUCAUUUGUUA